CUAAAAACUGCAAUUUUACCGCAAUCUCCCCCAAAUAAUACCAAGUUUCCCUCUUUCGCCUUCAUAAUCCCCACCACCAUCGCCGCCGCCGCCGACACCCUCUCCCUCACUACCCCCUCCACGAUUCUCAUGGGUGAGCAGGCUCACACCCAAAUCGAAGCCCUACCUAAACCAGAAUCCCAAAUCGAUAAACCCAAUUCGCAUCCAGAUUCCAACUCCCAACCAUCACCACCCAAUUCCGACCAAAUCCCUCAUCCCCACCCCGCCACCUCCGUACCCGAGGCAUCCCACCCCAUCCCCACCGAGAUCUCCCACCACAAUCCCUCCAAAAUUCCAAUUCGCCCCCAAAAAAUCCGCAAACUAUCGGCUCAGACCACCGCCGCUGUGAAGCUAGCCACCGAUGAUUCCUCCAUCUCCGCUUCGCCUUCUUCAGCCCCCAAUCCGGCCGCCAUUACUCCCGCCUCCGCCAAGAACCGGCGGCGUAGCGUCUCCCACGCUCUCCCCCAAAUAAUCAAACCCUUGUCGGCCGACGGAGAGAUUGAAUCAGCCAUCCGACACCUCCGCGCAGCUGAUCCUUUACUGGCCCCACUGAUUGAUUCCCAUCCACAGCCGCAUUUCGAGUCCCACCACCCCCCAUUCCUCGCUCUCACCAAGAGUAUACUUUAUCAGCAGCUCGCCUACAAAGCUGGAACUUCCAUCUACACUCGUUUCGUUUCGCUCUGCGGCGGAGAGGACGUAAUUUGCCCUGAUUCUGUCCUUGCUCUCUCUACCCAGCAGCUCAAGCAAAUUGGGGUUUCAGGCCGCAAAGCUAGCUACUUGUACGACCUCGCGAAUAAAUAUAAAUCCGGGAUUUUAUCGGAUGAAACGGUGGUGAAGAUGGACGAUCGGUCAUUGUUCACCAUGCUUUCGAUGGUGAAGGGGAUAGGUUCGUGGUCGGUCCAUAUGUUUAUGAUAUUUUCACUGCACAGGCCGGAUGUUUUGCCGGUGAGCGACUUAGGGGUUAGGAAAGGAGUGCAGUGCUUGUAUGGCUUGGAGGAGUUGCCACGGCCUUCUCAGAUGGAGCAGUUGUGUGAGAAGUGGAGGCCUUAUAGGUCAGUCGGGGCAUGGUACAUGUGGCGGUUCGGUGAAGGGAAGGGAUCCCCAGCUACCAGUUCUGUAAUGCCGCUUGAUGGUGGUGCUGUGCAGCCACUGCAGCAGAUAGAGCCACAUCAGGAUGGGCAUCAACAUCAGCAUCAGCAUCAGCUGCAGUUUGUGGAACCAGUUAAUGGCAUGGGCAGUAUUGGGGCAUGCAUUUGGAACCAGUGAUUACGAAACGCCAGUCUGGUGAUGUUCUUUGCUUCCUCUAAUGGGAUGAGAUGCUUGAUAAAUUCCAGCUCGAAUCGAGACUAGAAUCUUAGCACAGAGUUUGAAUGUUACAUUUGUAAGCUAUAUACUGCUAUUUUGGCUUAAACAACUCUAAUGUAUUAAGAUUUUUGUAGAGUUGAUGGAAGCUAGGAUAUGUGGAGAAUUUGAAUUGGUAUCAAUCUGGGAAGUAGCUUAUUUAAACCA